GAGUAUGCGAGAAAAAGUGACCGAGUUGGAAUCGACAAUGAUGCCAUGUGACUGAAGCGUUGGCAUAAAGAUAGAGCGGAUGCCAUGUCAAGGGCCUGAGCCAUUUAUCGCUCGUUUCAAAUCACCUCCUUGCACUCGUGAUUGAUCAGGCCGUGUCAUCAUCGUGUUUACUUUGAGAAGCCUCGAUUUCACUCAAAGCUCCCUGCUCCUGCUCCUUCUGAGAAAAAUCUCCUGAACCGUACCUUCCUCCUUCACUCGCACCUGCUUCGGCACAAGCCAGCUUCGCGCAUCGUUCAAUCACCCCUCUAUAAAGCGGCGUCGCUCGCCCAUCGAGACUUCUACCUCGACAUCAACCUUUUUCAUCAAGGUGUUCCACCACAAGCUUGCCGCACCAUGUCAAGCAUCACCACCAACGGACACGCCAACGGCAAUGGCGUGCCGCACAACAAGCCGCUCGAACAGGUUAUCAGACCUGCUGACAGACAACCCUCCCCUCAACCCACACACUUGAGCGUACCCGGCGCCUCAAAUCACUCCCGCGUCCUCAGCGGUGAAGGCUCCGGCUAUGAAGCUCCCAAAUUCGAGGGCAAGGCCCAGCAGAUGGAAGAAGUAAUGGAUAAGAUCGAGGCCAAGGGCUUCCUUCCCAGCGAGUUUGUUGAAACCGAAACUCACUGGUUCUACAACGAACUGGGCAUUGACGACAUGUACUUUUCCACCGAGACUUCUGAUGCCAUCGUCAGCCACAUCCACUCGCUCUACGCAGCCAAGGUUGCUGCAUUCGCCAGAGAUGACAAGCAGCUUGAGAUCCGCUUGGACAAAGAAGCUGUCGACCACGCCGUCUUCAUUGACACCAGCAAGCCUGGUAUCACCUCUGUCGGCGGACCUCGUUACGAGCAACGCAUUGACGAGAAGUACCUCAACAACUCAAAGGGUGCCAACAGCUACCGUGUCGAGACAUUCAGAUCCUCUAGCAAAUUGCCCGGUGAUCUCGACCAACAGCUGAGAUGCUACUUUGUAUACCAGUGCUCGUUCGAGCAGCCCAAGCCCAGCCCUGAGGAGACUCGUCUCGACCUCAUCUCGGACAAGAGAUUCCUCCAGAAGGCCACUCAGAACACCCGUGACAUCUACCAACACAUUCUCGAAUCGGCCGUCGCUAGAACUGGCCCCGUCAUCGAGCUCUUUGAGAUCAAGGGUUCGAGAGAAAAGAGACUGGUUAUCGCAUACAAGCAAGGCUCCGCCUUGGGACUCUUCAGCGCCCUUAGUGAUCUUUAUCACUACUACGGCCUGACGUCGUCUCGCAAGUACGUCGAGCAAUUCUCCAACGGCUACACGAUCAUGUCGUUGUACCUUCGCCCCGUGCCUGGACCUGAGUCCAACAUGCACCCUCCCAUCGAGGCUUCAAUCCACCAGAUCAUGAAGGAAGUCUCUCUGCUCUACUGCGUUCCUCGCACCAAGUUCCAAAACCACUUCGCUACUGGCAACCUCAGUUUGCAGGAAACCAUCUACGCCCACUGUGUCUGGGUCUUUGUCAGUCACUUCUUGAACCGUCUAGGUUCUGAGUACAACACUCUCAGCGCGAUCCUGGAUGUCAACAACACUGUUCACGCUGAGCUGCUCUCAAAGCUCAAGCGUCGUCUACGUACCGAGACAUUCACCUCGGAUUUCAUCUUGGAGAUCAUCCAACAGUUCCCUGAUCUGGUCAAGGCACUGUACCUGAACUUCGCAAACACCCACUACGUCCAGACUCGUGGCGAUGAGGAUGACUUCCUGCCUACUCUCAGUUACCUUCGUUUGAAGGUCGACAAAGUUUUGAGUGAUGGUGAGCUCAAGAACAUGAUCUCUGCUACCUGCCAGAACGAACAUCAAGAGAUGGUCAUGACUGCCUUCCGUGUGUUCAACAAGGCUGUGCUCAAGACCAACUACUACACACCCACCAAGACUGCUCUCUCUUUCCGCCUGGACCCCUCGUUCUUGCCCAUUGAGGAGUACCCUCAGCCACUUUACGGCAUGUUCUUGGUCAUCAGCUCCGAGUUCCGUGGUUUCCAUCUCCGCUUCCGCGACAUUGCUCGUGGCGGUAUUCGUAUUGUCAAGUCUAGAAGCCCUGAGGCAUACGACAUCAACGCCCGCUCGCUCUUUGACGAAAACUACAACCUCGCCAAUACUCAGCAAAGAAAGAACAAGGACAUUCCUGAGGGCGGCUCCAAGGGUGUUAUUCUGCUUGACGUAGAGCACCAAGAGAAGGCAAGCGUCGCCUUCGAGAAGUACAUUGACAGCAUUCUCGAUCUGCUCCUGCCUCCUACUAGCCCUGGUAUCAAGGACCCUAUUGUCGACCUUCACGGAAAGCAAGAGAUCCUGUUCAUGGGUCCCGACGAAAACACUGCCGACCUAGUCGACUGGGCCACUGAGCAUGCCAGAGCUCGUGGUGCACCUUGGUGGAAGUCCUUCUUCACUGGCAAGAGCCCCAAGCUUGGUGGUAUCCCUCACGACGCUUAUGGCAUGACUACUCUGUCUGUUCGUGAGUACGUCUUGGGAAUCUACCGCAAGCUCAACCUUGACCAAAAGAGCAUGAGAAAGCUCCAGACUGGUGGUCCCGAUGGUGACUUGGGCAGCAACGAGAUCCUUCUCGGCCAGGAGAAGUACACUGCGAUUGUCGAUGGUAUGGGUGUACUUGUCGACCCCAAUGGUAUUGACAGAGAGGAGCUGCUCCGCUUGGCCAAGAAGCGUGUCAUGAUCCACCAAUUCGAUGUCACAAAGCUCUCGUCUGAGGGCUACAGAGUUCUCAUCGAGGAGAACAACAUUACCCUGCCCUCUGGCGAGGUGGUCAAGAACGGAAUGGCUUUCCGCAACACCUUCCAUCUGCGCCAGGAGGCUUACGACGUCUUUGUGCCCUGUGGCGGUCGUCCCGAGUCCAUUAACUUAAACUCGGUCAACAAGCUCAUCGUCGAUGGCAAGUCGAUCAUCCCUUACAUUGUCGAAGGUGCCAACCUGUUCAUCACACAAGACGCCAAGCUUCGUCUCGAGAAGGCUGGCUGUAUCCUGUUCAAGGACGCAUCUGCCAACAAGGGUGGUGUCACAUCAUCCUCUCUUGAAGUCCUUGCUUCGUUGUCGUUCGACAAUGCAGGAUUUAUUGAGAACAUGUGCGUGCACGAAGACGGAACAACUCCCGAGUUUUACAAGGCCUACGUCAAGCAGGUGCAGCAAACUAUCUGCAACAACGCCAGACUGGAGUUCGAGGCUAUCUGGAGAGAGAGUGAGGCUACUGGCAAGCCCAAGAGUGUCCUCAGCGAUGUUCUGAGUACCGCCAUCACUAACCUUGAUGAGGAACUCCAGAACACCGAGCUCUGGGACAAUGUCGAGCUUCGUAAGUCGGUACUCAAGGACGCCCUUCCCAGCCUGUUGUUGGAGAAGAUUGGUCUCGAUCUCAUUAUCGAAAGAGUUCCUGAGAACUACCUUCGCGCCAUAUUCGGCUCAUACCUGUCGUCCCGCUUCAUCUACGAGCGCGGAAUCUCAGCUAGCCAGUUCGCUUUCUUCUCUUUCAUGAAUGAGCGCAUGGCCAAAUUGCGCUAAUACGCUUUGUGGAAUGUAUCAAUUCUUAAAGGCUUCAUUGGGCUGGUCCUCUACAUUCUUCUGGUAGAUGGACUCAAAAGUUAUAAACAAAUAAUCAUGCCGUGACGGUCAAAGGAGUUUUGGGAGAUUGCUGGAUCUUUAUUAGCUCUGGCUCAUCGUAGCUGGCUCAUCGUAGCUUUCUACUGGUAGACUUGCUCGAU